AUGAGAAAUUACUUGGCUGCGGCGGCCUGCCUCAUCUUGGGUGCUGAUGCUGCUGCAUUGGCGACUCGCAGUGCUACAGCAUCGUGCCCAGGUUACAAAGCAAGCAAUGUGAAGAGACACCAUGGCGCGGUUGUCAGUGCUGAUCUCUCCCUUGCUGGCGAGGCUUGUAAUGUCUAUGGUACCGAUUUGGAUAAUCUGAAGUUGGAAAUCGAGUAUCAGACCGAUUCUCGAGUCCAUGUCAAGAUUUUCGAUGCCGACGAACAAGUUUACCAGGUGCCAACGUCGGUUCUGCCUCGCCCCAACAGCACGGACGCCCAUCCCGCAAAAUCGGACUUGAAGGUCUCUAUCAAUGAGAAUCCGUUCUCGUUCAAAGUGACACGUCGGUCCAAUGGCGAAGUUCUCUUCGACACGUCCGGCCAUCCGCUGAUAUUCGAAUCGCAAUAUCUGGGAUUGCGCACAAGUCUGCCGGACGAGCCCAAUCUCUACGGUCUGGGUGAGAGCACCGACUCCUUCAGACUGCAAACCGAUAACUAUACCCGCACCCUCUGGUCACGAGAUGCGUAUCUCACACCGGAAGGCACCAACUUGUAUAGCAACCACCCUAUUUACUUUGAUCAUCGCGAAGACAAAGGCACACACGGCGUGUUUUUCCUCAAUAGUGAUGGAAUGGACAUUAAGAUCAACAAGGAUGCGGAUGGACAAUACCUCGAAUACAACACCCUGGGUGGCGUGUUCGACUUUUACUUCCUGGCCGGGUCGACGCCGAAAGAGGUGUCGGUCCAGUAUGCAGACACUGUCGGCAAGGCCGUCAUGAUGCCUUACUGGGGUUUUGGCUUCCAUACUUGCCGAUAUGGCUACCAGGAUAUCUUCGAAGUGGCUGAGGUCGUUGCUAACUAUAGCGCUGCCGAUAUCCCACUUGAGACACAGUGGACUGACAUCGACUAUAUGGACUUGAGGAAAGUGUUCUCCUUGGAUCCUCUCCGCUAUCCCCUGCACCUCGUACAAGAACUCGUCUCGUAUUUGCACAGCCAUGAUCAGCACUAUAUCGUUAUGGUAGACCCUGCCGUGGCUUACAGCAAUUACACUCCGUUCAACGACGGUGUCGAAGACGGUGUCUUUCUGACCAAUUCAGACGGCUCCGUCUACCAAGGUGUCGUAUGGCCCGGUGUUGCAGCCUUCCCGGAUUGGUUUGCCCCCAAAACGCAGGACUACUGGAACGAGCAGUUUGCAAGCUUCUUUGACGCAGACAAAGGUGUUGAUAUCGAUGCCCUCUGGAUUGACAUGAAUGAAGCUUCGAACUUUUGCCCGUGGCCGUGCUCAGACCCCGCCGCUUUUGCACUGAAAAACGGCGAUCCACCUAACCCACCGGCUGUUCGUCUGUCAGCCCCAAGACCUAUUGCUGGUUUUGGAUCAGACUUCCAGCCCAAGUGUGUUGCCUCGGUCUCAUUUACCGUGAAUGCGUCGACCUAUACCGGCGAAAGCAUUUACGUGCUUGGUAGCUCUCCUACUCUAGGUGGAGGAGACCCUCAGAACGCGGUUGCCAUGGACUCAGACAAUUACCCGGAAUGGCAGAUCAAUGUGCAAAUGCCUGUUAAUGGAACCUUUUCCUACGAGUACCUCCGCAGAGAGUCAGAUGGUAGCUGGAUUUACGAGAAGAAGAACCGCACAAUCACCACUGGUGACUGCAAUGCUGGUGUGCAACAAGUCUCUGACAAAAUCAGCACGAGCUCCGGGUCGCAAAAGAGAUCCGAGUCUACGCAUUCCUUGCCAAUGGCUCGGUCUCCCAUGGGUGACGCCAACAUGCAGAAGCGAGACAGCCCUAUGUCCGGCCUUCCUGGAAGAGAUCUGAUCGACCCACCGUACCAAAUCAACAACACUGCCGGUUCGAUCAGCAACUUGACUCUUCGCACGGAUCUUACCCACGCCAAUGGUCUUAAGGUUUACGACACUCACAACUUCUACGGCAGCAUGAUGAGCGCCGCUAGUCGAGACGCUAUGCUUAACCGCCGGCCAACAGAGCGGCCAUUGAUCAUCACAAGAUCCACCUAUGCCGGUGCUGGCCGUCAAGUCGGUCACUGGCUAGGAGACAACAACGCCGACUGGGACCACUAUCGUUGGACCAUCGCCGAGCUCCAAGAAUUCGCCGCACUCUACCAAAUUCCGAUGGUAGGCAGUGAUGUCUGUGGAUUUGGAGGCGACACCACCGACGCUCUCUGCUCUCGCUGGAUCUUCGUCGGCGCUUUCUCGCCGUUUUUCCGCAACCAUCAGAACAUUGACACCGUGCCGCAUGAGUUCUACCGAACCCCGGCCAUUGCCGCCGCCGCUCGCGCCGCCAUCGAUAUUCGUUACCGUCUGCUCGACUACGCCUACACGGCCUUGUGGACGCAAACUCAGACUGGAGAGCCCAUGAUCACCCCGAUGUUCUUUGAGUACCCUCAUGACAGCAACACGGCGAAUCUGCCAUACCAGUUCUUCUGGGGCCCCGGUAUCAUGGCCGCUCCUGUCACGGAUGAGAAUUCCACUUCGGUGUCCGUGUACCUGCCCAAGGAUACAUUCUACGAUUUCUACACGGGUGCUACUGUCCACGGCAAGGGUGAAAACGUCAACUUGACUGACAUUGGCUACGACACCAUGCCAUUAUACUACAAGGGUGGUAACAUCAUCCCCCAGCGCAUUUCAUCUGCCAACACAACGGCACUGUUGCGUAAGCAAGACUUUGAGAUCGUAAUCGCCCCCGACAGAGACGGAAGGGCGUCUGGUACGUUGUAUCUAGAUGAUGGCGACAGUGUCGACCAACCUCAUACCUCUGAGAUCUCGUUUGAAUACCGCCACAAGAAAUUCUCCGUGACUGGCAACUUUGGAUAUGAUGCUGGCGAUGUGGUGAUCAGCCAGAUCCGGGUGCUGGGCGACAAGGUGAAGAAUCAUACCGUUAACGUCAAGUUGACGAAGGAGUAUCAUGUACACUUGAAUUAG